AUGGCCAUGAGACUACUUGAGCAAUGUUGUGAUGCACAACGACUGUUUGCUGUGACAAAAGUGAACUCACCCUUGGGAAAGAACCUCAAGUUUGAUGGAGAGUUCCUCUACUCACUUGCUGUCAACAAUGAAAUCUUCUCCAUGUUUCCACAGGAUACACCGUUCCAGUUGCCACUGAAAAAGUGCUCAGUUGUGGGAAAUGGCGGAAUAUUGAAGGAGAGCAAUUGUGGCAGUCAGAUCGACAAGGCAGAUUUUGUCAUGCGGUGUAACCUCCCUCCUCUAUCUAAUGAAUAUACCAAGGACGCAGGGUAUAGGACGCACUUAGUGACUGCAAACCCAAGCAUCAUUGAGAAAAGAUUUCAGAACCUUCUGUGGUCCAGGAAAUCCUUUGUGGAAAGUAUGAAAGUGUAUGGCCAUAGCUACAUUUACAUGCCUGCCUUUUCCAUGAAGACAGGGACAGAUCCUUCCUUCCGCACCUACUACACAUUGUCUGAUUUCAGUGCCAACCAAACCAUACUCUUUGCCAAUCCGGAUUUUUUGCGCAAUGUCGAGAAGUUCUGGAAGGGCAAGGGAAUCCAUGCCAAACGCUUGUCCACGGGCCUAUUCCUUGUCAGCGUUGCCUUGGGCCUCUGUGAAGAUGUGACCCUUUAUGGUUUUUGGCCCUUUUCAAUGGACCUGCACGGGAGGAUAAUUAGCCACCACUACUAUGACAACGUGAUGCCUUUUUCGGGCUACCAUGCCAUGCCAGAGGAGUUCCUGCAACUCUGGCUCUUGCAUAAAAGUGGCAUAUUAAAGAUGCAGAUUGGCAAAUACAAGGAGAAGCCAUUCCACUCACUUCGUUGAUCCAGAAGAUCCUACAUUCCCUCAUUGUGGCAUCUAACUGGCUGACCACUGAGCCCAGGAGUUUUCCUUCCAGUUUUUGUUCUGGAGAGAGUUUCCUGAUGUAAUAUCUAAAUCUGCCUCUCACCAGUUUGGACUGUGUCAGUUUGUCUAACCCUCUCAAUUUAAUGUAAUAUUAUAAAUUUCCUUUAUCCGUGGAUGGGAAACAUUGAAAUAGGAGUGGGCUAUUCAACUCUUUGAGCCUGUUCUGCCACUAAUUUACAUCAUGGCUCAUCUAAAUCUAAACUCCAUUUAUCCAUCUUGAUCCCAUAAUGUUUAAUGCCGUUCCCUAAUGAAAAUGUAUUGAGCUUAGCUUGAAGACUUUCAGUUCCUUUGGGAAAAGAGUUCCAGGUUUUUACAUCUCUCUCCCCCAGGUUUUUAAUGACUCUUUGUGCGAUGGAGCACUUCUUGACAUCACCUCUGAAUGGCCAAACUCAAAUGUUAACACUGUGACCCCUAAUUCUGGACAUGCCUUUAACUAUGAAACAUUUAGGAUCAAUUUCUACUCCUUGCUCUGUUCCUGGAGGAGCUAACUCAUUUAUUUCAAAGGGUUUAGAUAGUCCAUGAUAAAAUAGGGGAAUUUGACUCUGAAUGAGCCAAGCUUGUUAUUUUACUGAAAAGAGGAAUGUGUUACAAAAUUGUUUCUCUUGCACUCAUCAGGACAAAUGCAAGAGUACCAGGUUUCAAUUUCUCAUGAUAAUUUAUACAACAGAUUUAAAAUUUGGCAUUCAGGGUAAACACAAGAAUGCCAAAUUUAAAAUAUGUUGUAUGAAUGGUUGUGAUUAAUUGAAAUUUGGCACUCAAACGUUUGCCGUGCAAGAAGAAAAGCUUCAGCAACAUGUCUCUCAGUAAGUUUUGAAUUCUGACCUACCAAGUAACUGUACAUUAAUGUUGCUCUGUUACUUCCAGGCUCACUUCUGACGGUGCAUGAGACAAUGUACCCCAUGUACCUGUGUGAAAAGGUGACUUACAGUCAACUUCAACAGAUCUCAGCUCAACACAGUGGCUAACAAUGUUUAUUGACUAACUUUGUAAUGAGAGUUUAUAAAAGAUUUAGAAUUCUUACUGGUUUAGGCCUUGUAGCUGUCAGUAGGCCCCAUGUUGUGUCAACAUGCAAUAAAU